GAGAAAGGAAGAGAUCCAGAGGCUCCAAAUAACUCCCAUAUUAGUAAAAAUAUUCCUCAGAAUUAUACUACCUGUUAUGAGGUUCUGGUCUCCGUCUACCUAAAUUUGUUCCGCUUCAUGGGAUUUGAGAAGAUAGUUAACAAAAUAAGGGAGGAGAAAGAAAAACAUGAAUGGAGUGUUCAGAUACUGAAAACACUCAUGGAAGAGCAUAGUACAGCAUACAUUACUGAAGGAAGAGACCCAGGAAUAGGAAAGGUAUUUGAUCCGAGAAAGCAAAAUGCACAAACGAAUGCUCAAGUUCAUCAAAAAGGCAAUGGUGGGGACUCAAAGGAGGAGACAGAAACUUAUACAACCUUGUUGGUGGCAGCCCAGAAAGGCGUAAUUGAAGUAGUGAACGAAUUUCUAAGCCAACUACCGGUGUCCAUCUACGAUACCACAUCAAAGGAUAAAAAUAUAUUGCAGGUAGCAGUGGAGAACAGGCAACCCAGGGUUAUUGAGGCAGUGCAGAAACAAGUAAACAAAGAGUUAAAGCUUAAUCUUUGGGCUGACCUCAUUGAAUCAGUGGAUACUUAUGAAAAUACUAUAUUGCACUUAGCAGCCAAGUAUGAAGAAUCCAAGGUACAUCCUUGGCAAAUUCAUGGCACUGCCAUGCGGAUGCAAUGGGAAAUCAAGUGGUAUGAGUAUGUGAAAUCCUUGUCGCCACCCCACUUCCUUUCCCUUAGCAAUGCAAAAGACGAAACUCCGGAACAAAUCUUCACUCAAGGUCAUGAAACUCUGGUCAAAGACAGUGGCGACUGGCUCAAGGAUACGUCUGAAUCUUGUUCGGUGGUGGCUGCGCUGGUUGCCGGAGUUUCCUUUGCAACGUCGAGCCAAGUCCCCGGCUGGACUAAUGGUGAUACUGGCAGACCGACCUUAGAACGACAGCCGGCAUUUGAACUCUUCGCUAUCACUGCACUUAUUGGGCUUUGCUUCUCUGUCACUGCGCUGAUCAUGUUCCUUUCCAUACUCACCUCUCGAAAACUACCCAAAGAUUUUAAGAAAAAUUUGCCACUCAAGAUUCUUCUGGGCUUGAGCUCGCUGUUUGUGUCCAUUGCCUCGAUGCUUAUAUCUUUCUGCGCCGCACAUUUCUUCGUGCUCGAGGACAAAUUCAAGAUGGCAGUGUUCCCUCUGUAUGCCGCCACCUGCCUUCCUGUUUCCUUUUACGCAAUCGUACAGUUUCCGCUUUACAUGGAUCUUUUGAAAUCCAUUAUUACAGAGGUUCCCCAGUCACUCCCUUCUGGCCAUGUCUGA